UACUCGCUGCCCGGCACCCCAAGCGCCCGCCGCUGCUGCGGCUUUAAGGGAGCUGCGGAGUCCAGGCUGUGUCGCAGCAACUUUGUAGCAGUCAUGUCGCCCGCUUGCUGACUGACAAUUCAGGUUGUCCAAUGAGAAGCCCGUCUGGCCCGUGCAGCGUGGAGCCUUGCUUCCCUCCAGGCCAAUGGGAAGGGCUCAGGGGGGCGGGCUAGCAACCUGAACUUUAUCUGGACAUGUGACCCCCCUCCGGGUUUUCGCCCUCCCUCUCUCCCUCUUUCUCUUCUUCCCUCCCUCCCUCUUUCGCCCGCCCUGGCCCUGCCCCCUCCUCCGCCCCUCAGUGCCCGGGGUGUCAUUGGGCGGGGGAUAAGGGAGCCAACUUCAGGCUGCACUGAGGAAGCCCGUGCAGUCACCUGGGUGCAAGAGCGGUGCUGCCUUGGGCUCUCCUGCUGCAGGGAGAGCGGCACUUGCUGGCCUGGAUGUGGUUGGAUUUAGAGGGGCUCCGCAACAGGGGUGUCGUGGCGGUGAGGAGCGCUGCAACAGGUAGACGCCCAGAGACGGACCCCGGCCGAAGCAGCCAUGGAGACCAAAGGAUACCACAAUCACCCUGAAGAUCUAGAUAUGGAAAGACGGUGGGGUCAAAUUUCUCAGGCUGUGGAGCAUUCUUCCCUGGGACCUACAGAGAGGACCGAUGAGAAUAAAUAUAUGGAUAUUGUCAACGUAAGCUGUGUUUCCGGUGCUAUUCCAAACAACAGUACUCAAGGAAGCAGCAAAGAAAAACACGAACUCCUUCCUUGCCUCCAGCAAGACAAUAAUCGGUCCGGAAUUUUAACAUCUGAUAUUAAAACUGAGUUAGAAUCUAAGGAACUCUCAGCAACUGUUGCCGAGUCCAUGGGAUUAUACAUGGAUUCCAUACGAGAUGCUGACUAUACCUAUGAUCAGCAGAAUCAACAAGGAAGCAUGAGUCCAGCGAAGAUUUAUCAAAAUGUUGAACAGCUGAUGAAAUUUUACAAAGAAAAUGGCCACCGUCCUUCCAUGCUCAACAGUGUGAGCAGGCCUUUGAGAUCAUUUAUGUCUGACCCCAUGAGCUGUGUGAAUGGUGGAGUCAUGCGUGCCAUUGUGAAAAGCCCUAUCACGUGUCAUGAGAAGAGCCCAUCCGUCUGUAGCCCUCUGAACAUGGCGUCGUCAGGUUGUAGCCCUUCUGGAAUCAACUCUGUGUCCUCCACCACAGCUAGCUUCGGCAGUUUCGCAGUGCAUAGCCCGAUCACCCAGGGGACUCCUUUGACGUGCUCCCCUAAUGUAGAAAACCGAGGCUCCAGGUCCCAUAGUCCCGCACAUGCUAGCAACGUGGGCUCUCCCCUCUCAAGUCCAUUAAGUAGCAUGAAGUCGCCAAUUUCCAGCCCUCCGAGCCACUGCAGUGUAAAAUCUCCUGUAUCUAGCCCUAAUGUCACCCUGCGAUCCUCUGUGUCUAGCCCUGGAAAUAUCAACAACUCACGGUGCUCUGUUUCCAGCCCUUCCAACACAAAUAACAGAUCCACACUUUCCAGCCCUACUGUGGGAUCUAUCUGUAGCCCUGCAAACAGCGCCUUCAGCUACGCUGCUUCUGGCACCCCUGUUGGAUCCAUUGCAACUCGGGAUAUGAUUCCUAGCCCAGACACACACGAGAAAGGUGCUCCAGAAGUCCCUUUUCCUAAGACUGAGGAAAUAGAGAAUGCCAUCUCAAAUGGUGUGACUGGUCAGCUCAACAUUGUCCAGUACAUAAAACCAGAACCAGAUGGAGCUUUCAGCAGCUCAUGUCUAGGAGGAAAUAGCAAAAUAAAUUCUGAUUCCCAGUUUUCAGUACCAAUAAAGCAAGAAUCCACCAAGCAUUCAUGUUCAGGUACAUCUUUUAAAGGGAAUCCACCAGUAAACCCAUUUCCAUUUAUGGAUGGCUCAUAUUUUUCCUUUAUGGAUGAUAAAGACUAUUAUUCUCUAUCAGGAAUUUUAGGACCACCUGUGCCAGGCUUUGAUGGUAGCUGUGAAGGGGGCGGUUUCUCAAUGGGGAUUAAACAAGAACCAGAUGAUGGGAGCUAUUACCCAGAGACCAGCAUGCCUUCAUCCGCCAUUGUUGGUGUGAAUUCAGGUGGACAGUCCUUUCACUACAGGAUUGGUGCUCAAGGUACAAUAUCUUUAUCACGAUCUGCUAGAGACCAAUCUUUCCAGCACCUGAGUUCAUUUCCUCCAGUCAGCACUUUAGUGGAGUCGUGGAAAUCACACGGUGACUUGCCAUCGAGAAGAAGUGAUGGAUAUCCAGUCCUAGAGUACAUUCCAGAAAACGUAUCGAGCUCUACUUUACGAAGUGUUUCUACUGGCUCCUCGAGACCUUCCAAGAUCUGUUUGGUGUGCGGGGAUGAGGCUUCGGGAUGUCAUUAUGGGGUUGUAACCUGCGGCAGCUGCAAAGUUUUCUUCAAAAGAGCUGUGGAAGGGCAACACAACUAUUUAUGUGCUGGAAGAAAUGAUUGCAUCAUUGAUAAGAUUCGACGGAAGAAUUGUCCUGCCUGCAGACUUCAGAAAUGUCUUCAAGCUGGAAUGAAUUUAGGAGCUCGAAAGUCAAAGAAAUUGGGCAAGUUAAAAGGGAUUCAUGAGGAGCAGCCACAGCAGCAGCAGGCGCUGCCGCCGCCCCCGCCACCCCAGAGUCCCGAGGAAGGGACGACAUACAUCGCUCCCAUGAAAGAGCCCUCGGUCAACACCGCGCUGGUUCCUCAGCUUUCCACACUUUCUCGAGCACUUACGCCUACCCCUGCUAUGAUUCUUGAAAACAUCGAGCCCGAGAUUGUAUAUGCAGGCUAUGACAGCUCAAAACCAGAUACAGCCGAAAAUCUGCUCUCCACUCUAAACCGCUUAGCCGGGAAACAGAUGAUUCAGGUCGUGAAGUGGGCAAAGGUACUUCCAGGAUUUAAAAACUUGCCUCUUGAGGACCAAAUUACCCUAAUCCAGUACUCUUGGAUGUGUCUGUCAUCAUUUGCCUUGAGCUGGAGAUCGUACAAACAUACGAACAGCCAAUAUCUCUAUUUUGCACCAGACCUAGUCUUUAAUGAAGAGAAGAUGCAUCAGUCUGCCAUGUAUGAACUGUGCCAGGGGAUGCACCAAGUCAGCCUUCAGUUUGUUCGACUGCAGCUUACCUUUGAAGAAUACACCAUAAUGAAAGUCUUGCUGCUACUGAGCACAAUUCCAAAGGAUGGCCUCAAAAGCCAAGCUGCAUUUGAAGAAAUGAGGGCAAAUUACAUCAAGGAACUGAGGAAGAUGGUAACUAAGUGUCCCAACAAUUCUGGGCAGAGCUGGCAGAGGUUCUACCAACUGACCAAGCUUCUGGACUCCAUGCAUGACCUGGUGAGUGACCUGUUGGAAUUUUGCUUCUAUACCUUCCGCGAGUCCCAGGCCCUGAAAGUGGAGUUCCCAGCCAUGCUGGUGGAGAUCAUCAGCGACCAGCUGCCAAAGGUGGAAUCCGGGAACGCCAAGCCCCUCUACUUUCACAGGAAGUGAGAACCGUCUCCAUGGAAGAACUUUGCCUUAAGUUUCCCCGUGUUAUCCUAUACCCACGAAGGACCCAAGAAAUCACAGUUUCAACGUGCGAUGAUGGAUUCACACUUGUUCAGCAGUUUCUCAAAGCUGAAAAUCACGUCAAGGGUUGGGAGCCUGGAAAGCCGUCUGACGUGGGUUUGGCAACACCUGAGCAAUCUGAAGGAUUCUUCCCUCUCCAACCCCAGCGCUUAGAAAAACGUUCCUGUUCCUCUGGAUGAAAAGCCAUAUCUAGUCAAUAACUCUGAUUUUGAUAUUUUAACAGAUGGAAGUUUUAACUAUGCCAUGUAGUUUCUGGUAUCGUUCGCUUGUUUUCAAAGGGUUCAAGGACUAACGAACUUUUUUUGGUUUGCACAUAAAACGUAUAGUCAAUAUGGGGCAUUAAUAUUCUUUUGUUAUUUAAAAAACACACACACAAAAAAAGAAAAAAAGUAUACAGAUUCCUGUUGUGUAAUAAUGGAACACGUGGUGUGGACGUGUGGCCCUCCAGCCCCCGGGGCCGUCGGUCACCCACGUUCCCUGCAUCGCUGGUAUACAUACCCUUUAGUGUCCAUUUAUUAUUUAACUAGAAUGGAUAAGAUGUUAAAACAAAUGCCUUGGUUUCAAUUUCUGGUAUCUACUGUGUUGGCUUUACAAACCAUUUUUUGCAGUCUUCUGCUGUGCUGUACAUUACUGUAUGUAUAAAUCAUGAACGGCCUGAAACAAGGAACUUUUGUAAAUGAGACACAUACAAAAAAAAAAUCUUUAAUGGUUAAUAGGAUGAAUGGGGAAGUAUUUUUGAAAGAAUUCUAUUUUGCUGGAGACUAUUUAAGUACUAUCUUUGUCUAAACAAACAAGGUAAUUUUUUUUUUUUGUAAAGUGAAAAGUUCUGCAUGCAUAAUGAACCGUUUACAGUGUAUUUAAGAAAGGGAAAGCUGUGCCUUUUUUAGCUUCAUUUCAAAUUUCCCAUUUUACAGUCUGUGUUGUAAAUAACCACAUGUAAACCUCUUCGGUUGUCUCUAAGCCUUUCUACUUUUUCCGUACUUUUUUUUUGUUUGUUUUCUCUUGGUCUCCCGCUCGGGAUGUCUGUGGAACUUGAGCACGUUUUCCAGCUUCUGCUUCCUCCGACUUCCAUCGGGGAGCAGCACACCAUGGUGUUUGCAGCUCCCGGAAGGUGUCUUGUGGCCAUGCACAUUCGAGAAAUGGCCUGGGAGUGUGCACGCAGCUGUCGGAGAGCUGCCCCAUUCCCAGAAGCGGAAAUCAGCGCUAGGAGAGCGGGGCUGGGAGCUCAGUGAGGCAGAGGGCAUUAGCAUCCCAUUUUUUUUCUCCCUCCUUUGGGAAAAAAAUAUUCCAUGCACUUUCUCUGCCUGUAGAAGACCCCAUUUUCCCUUCUGAUCUUGGAAAGGGGUUUUUGCACUCCUGGAAGUGGCGGUAGGAACACACAGAGAUCACUGAUUGCAGGACAUGGUGGGAAGAUGCACACUGGCAAAGUUCAGUCAGAGUAGCGUGGAGACCGGAAGACAGAGGGUUUUUAGAUUUUUAAAAGGUAGGUUUUAAAAAGAAAUUUUAUACAUAAACAGUUUUGAAAAAAGAAAAAAAAAUAAAAACACUACAGAUCAUAAAAGCAAGACAGUGGCACUAAAAUUUUUAAUUCACUAAUCUGUUUGGCACUGAUGUAAUCAAUGGCUUUUCUCUUGCCCUGAAUCACGAAUAUAUGUCUAUCUUUGGGGGGAGCGGAUAAUAUGAUUGCACUAAACUCCUUUGAGUAGAGGCCAAAUUAAUCUUUGAAAAGUGAUGAUAAUCAUCAGGUACUCAGAUCACAUUCUUUUCCAAAACCUAAAAGCUGCAGCCGGAGAAGCCCAGGCCUGGGAGAGGGCAGCAUUGGAAUGGACACUUGUCUCCAGGGUUCACCAUGCAGGCAACAUUACCUUGUCUUGCCAAAGACACCUGCCUUAUGCAAGGGGAAACCUGGGAAUGCUGUACUCAGAGAGAGGAGCUUUUCGUACAUAAUUUGCAGUUUCAGGAAUUUAAUUUAUAGGCAGGUCUUUCGAUGCAGUCAACUUACACGCACAGCAACAGGAAAACCACACUUGGAAGGUGAUGGAGACAGCAUGCAGACUGGGAGUUUCUGGGACGGGAAAGGCUUACAAAUGCAGCGGCUUUUCGUUCACACUCACUUCCUUAUGGAAUUGGAAUCUUGACAGAACCAGGUUUGGGAUGGAGACGGUAUGCAUCAGCUUUUUGUAUUAACAAAGUUACUGGCUCUUUGUAUGUCUCCGGGUAACUUUGCUUGAUGAUGCAGCAAAGCCAUAUUCUAAAUUCACUGUUGAAUGCCUGUCCCAGUCCAAAUCGUCUGUCUGCUCUUAUUUUUGUACCAUACUGCUCUUAAAAAAUCUUGAUUUGGUACAAUUCAUAAUUCACCAAAACUUCUUCAUAUAAUUAAAAAAAACACUAAAUUAGUUUAAAAUGAAGCAAUUUAUAUCUUUAUGCAAAAAUAUAUGUCUGUCUUUGCAAAGAACUGUAAGCAGAUUACAAUAAAUCCUUUUCUUUAAUCACUUGUCGUUUUGGAGACCACUCAUUUGACCGUCAGUAGGAACACCUGGGUUCUGCCCUGCCUCAUCUCCAGUCUAUGGGCUUCUGCUGACAUCCAAGAUGGAGUAAGCAGUAUUUUCCCCCCUUAGAGCCCUGUGUUGGCCACAUGUUCAUUCUACUCUUUUGGGACCUAUUAGAUGCUUUGUUUCUUACAGCUAAUACUUGUUCAAAGAGCCCUGGUGGCACAGUGGUUAAGCGCUCAGCUGCUAACCAAAAAAUGGGAGGUUCAGACCCGCCCAGUGUCUCCAUGCGAGAAAGACCUGUCGAUCUUCUUCUGUAAAGAUUAAAGCCUCGGAAACCCUAUGGAGCAGUUCUACUCUGUCACGUGGGGUUGCUAUGAGUGGAAAUCGACUUGACUGCACCUAACAAUACUUGUUUACUAAAAUACCUUGUAACAGUUUAAUAAUAACUGCUACCAUGUAGCUGAUUAAAAAAAAAAAAAUAGGUACACUGUCUUAAUUUAUCUUCACAACCCCAAGAAUCUUUUUAUGCAUUUUACAGAAGAGGAAACUGAGGCUCACAUAAUUGGACCCAAGACCCACCCUUUCCCCCCGUCAAACUCCAAAGUUCUUCCCUGGGGAAGUCUCGAACUCUUGCCAUCCAGGUCACCCGAGCUAUCGAGACUCACUCAGACACCACUGGUAUAAUGCUUUUCACACUCCUUACAGGCUACCCCCCUUCACUUCACUCGUUAGUAAGGGCCACAAA